AUGACUCUAUCGAAUGGUGCCGCUCCUCCUCCAAAGGAAAACCCGAAUCCGGAUGUUGUUUUGAGCGGUGAAAGAGCGGGGACGAACGAUCAUCGAUCCGAGAGCGCGCUAAGACUUGAGGGCUCUCACUGGGCCAAUAUCGAUCAUGCCGCAGUGGAGCUCUUCGACCACGCCCUUACUAGUAGUAGCGAUGGGUUGGUCUCGCUGGCAGACUACGUUCACUACUUCAAAAUCCCCGGAGUAAACCACUCUGCUCACCAAGCGUCGAUUAUCAGCGCAGCAUGGGCAAUUGUGAUGAGCGAAUAUACCAACUCGAAUGAUGUGCUGUUUGGACAGCUGAAAGGGGGUAAAAACUCGCCACUCCGAGUGCUCCUGAAGCAAGAUGAUACCAUUGAGAGCUUAUUGCGUCGGGUUGAGGAGAGUCGGACGAUAACCCAGGUCACUGUAGCCGCGUCGCGGCGCAAGGUACAAUGUGUCCUUGCAUUCUAUGGGCAUGAGGAAAUGGAGGCGGGGCCAUAUCCUGGUCCGCUGAAGGACGAAGUGUUGCAGGUCAGCUUCAUUCUUCAUGCGAGCCUCGUCAACAUCAAGGUGCUCUACAAUGAGCUGUCUGUAGAGAGAUCGAAGAUCGAAAGGCUAUUUCAGCAGCUAGGACAUGUUCUCACCCAAUUAUACGAAAACCCGACGGAGACUGCCCUGGGGAAAGUGAGCAGCGUCACUGCAAAGGACAUCAACGACAUGAAGGAAUGGAACAUGCGUUCUCACAAAUCCUAUGUUCUGGAUUCCAUCAAUGCGACUUUUGAACGGCAGGUGAUGGCUUCGCCUGAUUCAUGGGCUAUCAAUGCGUGGGACGGGAGUCUGACGUACGCUCAACUCUACAAUCAGGCCAAAUUACUGGCCAACUCCCUCUAUGAGGCUGGAGUGCGGCCACACGAUCUCGUACCUCUCGCAUUCGACAAAUCAGUAUGGUUCACUAUAUCUGUUUUGGCAGUACUGAAGGUUGGAGCGGCUAUAGUCCCACUUGAUCCUGACUGGCCAAGGGAGCGUCGGAUGUACAUCGUGGAGGAUGCUGGAAGUCGCUUGGCUCUCACAAAUGUGGCCAGAUUCAAAGAGGAGCAUCCGGGGCUUACGGUAAUUGAUGUCAGCAAGAUGAUAUGGGCUCCGCAGACGGAGCCAAAAAUCAACUUCGCGCACAUUGUCACUCCCGCGCACGCCGCUUAUGCUUUUUUUACUUCAGGUACAACUGGGCGGCCCAAGGGAUGUAUCAUUGAACAUGGCGCAUUCGUGGCCUCGGCUUUAGAGCGGGCAAAGGUCCUCGUUCGUGAUGAAAGCUCUCGUGUGCUUCAAGUGGCAACUCAUACUUUUGAUCCUGCAAUGGAGGACAUCCUGACCACACUCCUCGUUGGGGGCUGUGUCUGCGUUCCCAAUAAGCAAGAAUAUUUGAACGACCUGAGGGGAUCAAUCUGCAAGUGCAAUGCCAACACCUUGAACAUUGCACCCAGCCUUAUCCGGUCUCUGCGCCCGGAGCAGGUGCCCUCAUUGAAAACUUUGAUCCUGGGAGGCGAAAAGAUGAGCGACCGGGUCUUGGAAACUUGGACAGGGGCAGUCUCGCUGUUUAACGCAUACGGUCCUACGGAAUGUUGCAUCAAGAGCACAAUCAACAUUAUGAGUGCCGGUGCAGAUCCACGAAACAUUGGCUAUCCAGCCGGUUGCUCCAUCUGGCUGACCCGGCCUUAUGAUCAAGAUACACUGGCAGCUAUCGGUACGGUCGGCGAGAUUUUGAUACAGGGCCCGAAUCUUGCCCGUGAAUAUCUCAACCGACCGGAGCUAACCGCACAGUCGUUCCCCCGGAAUCUGCGCUGGGCAUCCCAAGCCGGACUGGGUAGCGACACACGAUUCUACAAGACAGGGGACCUGGCACGCUUCAAUCCGGAUGGCUCAAUUUGUCUCCUUGGCAGAAGAGACAGCCAAGUCAAGAUUCAUGGACAACGUAUCGAGCUGGGAGAAAUUGACCACCAUCUGCGCCAGAGUUUCCCUGCUGAGACCGAAGCGAUUGCCGGUGUGGUAACUUUCAAAGACCGCGAAACCUCAUGUCUUGUGGCUUUUGUACAAAUGAUGGACCAGCGCUCAUCUCAGGCCAACCCAGGCAGUGAUCUGGCACUUCUCGAUGAUCCUUCUCAGGUGCAGCAGCUGCAAACAAGUGCAAUCGAACGACUAUCGAAAGUUCUGCCAGCUUACAUGAUCCCAUUGGUGUUUUUGCCCGUCCAAAACUUCCUCUACUUCUCCAAUGGCAAGACAAAUCGAAAAGGCAUGUGCGAACAAGCCGCUGAUAUGUCUUUGGGCACCAUUUUAAAGAAGUUCGGGCGCGUCGGCCAUGAGACCCAUGACGAUUCCUCGUGGUCUGCGGAUGCGCUGGCUCUCCGCCAACUUUGGGCGACAGCACUUUGCCUAGAUGCGAAGAUGAUCGCAGUCGACGACACCUUCUCUUCCUUGGGAGGCGAUUCCUUGGCGGCUAUUGAGCUAGCGCGCUUAUGUCGAGCCCACAACGUCGAUCUAACUGUUGACGACAUCUUGCAAUGCCCAACUAUUCUUACUCAGUUGGAGAACAAGCAGGUCCGCCAAGUGAAUAACGGGACUAAUCAAAUAGCCCCAUUCGCGCUGUUGGAGAUGGGUACAGAUAUAGGCAAGCUGCGCGAAGAGGUCUCGAAGCCGUGUCAAGUUGACGCUGCGACUAUCGAGGACAUCUACCCAGUCAGCCCAAUGCAAGAGUCUCUAAUGGCUCUUUCAAUGGACAUCAGUCCCUAUAUCUCGCAGUUUGUCUUUCGAAUUGACAGAAAUGUGAAAUUGAACGAUCUUCGAGCAGCAUGGAAGAUUGCUGCCCAGGACAUUCCCAUCUUGCGCACCAGAAUUGUUCAUACAUCGGAACACGGAACCGUUCAGGUCGUGAUUAACGAGGAGAUUGAGUGGAGCAACCUGGAGAAUAUCGAAAUAGCACAUUUUUUGCUCAAAGACAAGGGGGAUUCGAUGCAUCUGGGAGAUCGUCUCAAUCGUUUCACCGUCGUUCGGGAAGAAGAAGGACCCUCUUUCUUGGUCUGGACAUGCCAUCACGCUUGUCAUGAUGGCAGGACAGUCGAUCAAGUUCUCGAAUAUGUCAACAGUCUGCGUUCUGGAGGUUCUAUGCGGUCUUUCGCUCCCUUCAAGCAAUUCAUAGAGUUUCAGAAGAACCUCUCUCUGAGUGACUGGGAGACUUACUGGAAAAGAAGGCUGGCAGACGCUCCUGUAUCAUCCUUCCCGGGUGGUGAUAGUGGAGUGCGACAGCCUCUCACCGAUUCGUUGUAUCGUCACUAUUUUAAGUUGCCUCGGCGCAACGUUAAAGACUCUCUGACGUCUAGCUCUUCCAGUGCCACCGUUAUACGCGCAGCUUGGGCGUUACUCGUUGCUCGAUACGAAGGGUCGAACUGUGCAACCUUUGGCACUAUCGUGGGAGGGAGCAGCUCACUUGUACCGAAUUCGGACGCCAUAGUUGGUCCCACCAACAACACAAUUCCCAUGAAUAUCUCAGUCCCUGAAGAAUGGAGUGUCCAGAAAUUCUUAUCGCAUGUUCGGGAGCAUUUCGAAUCAUCUCCGUUCCAACAUGUUGGACUGGCACAGCUGGGAGAGCUUUCGCCUAGUAUCCGCGACAUCACGCGGGUCAGGAACCUCCUGGUCUUGCAGAGGCCCUAUGGUCAUAGCGGUGAUCAACUUGGCCUGGAGAGAAUUCAAGUGUCCGCGCAUGCAAAUUUCAAAUAUCCCCUGGUGGUGGAAUGCACCCUGGAAGUGGAGAAUGGGCUUUCCGUUGCUUUCAUGUUCGACUCGCACAUCCUCGACGAAGUUCAGGUCUCGCGCUUAGCUGUACAGUUUGAGCGGCUUAUCCAAGCCCUAAACACUGACUUCAAGAUACCCCUGACGAAUAUCGACGUCCUCGGUCCUUCCGACAUGGCUCAGAUUCAGAAAUGGCAGAUAGAAGUCCCCCCCAGUGGAUCUUUCAGUCUACCGCAUUAUAUUCUAGAGAACGCCUUGGAGCGGCCGGACGCCCCUGCUCUGUGUUCCUGGGAUGGGAAUCUCACGUAUGCCCAGCUUCAAAAUCUUUCCUCUCGGCUGUCGUCCCAUCUCAUUCAAGCGGGCGUGCGAAGAGGAGACAAUGUGCUGUGCCACUUCGAAAAGUCUGCCUGCGCCAUAGUAUGCAUGCUAGCCGUACUGAAAUGCGGUGCCGCGUCUAUACCACUGGGACUCUCUUGGCCGCGGACCCGGUUGGAGGCAGUCUCAUCGGUCGUCAAAGCCAAAUUCGUCUUGUCGUCGCCCAAACCCUCCGGAGGCACAGUUGGCUUGGCCAUGCAUCAUUUGGAGAUCACAAUGUCACUCAUCCAGAGACUACCAGAUAUUCGGGACUACGGGGUAGAUGCGAGUCUACCAUCCGAUACCGCAUUCAUCAUGUUCACCAGUGGAAGUACUGGGUCUCCAAAGGGUAUUCCGCUCUGCCACGAGCAACUUGUGGCCAACUUGAACACGAUCGUGCAGCACAUGCGGUACACGCCGCAGUCCAGAACCUAUCAGUUUUCCGACUUUGUUUUUGACCUCUCGCUCAGCGAUAUCUUCGGUACAUUCAUGGCAGGGGGUUGCCUCUGUAUGCCAUCCGAGCAGGAGAGGCAACAAAGCCUGGCUGACUCAAUGAACCGUAUGAGAAUAAAUGUAGUCGGCCUUACUCCUACGGUUGCCAAGCUCUUGACGCUAUCCGAUGUACCGACGCUGCGUUUCAUGCUACUUGGGGGAGAAGGUCUAUCAAAGGACGACCUCGAGAGAUGGGCAGGUCACGUAGAUGUGAUCAAUGCGUACGGUAUGACGGAGAGCUGUAUUGUUUCUACCAGCACAGAUGUGCGUCGACCUGAUAGCGACCCAAGAAACAUUGGUCGAGCGAUCAACUGUCUAGCUUGGAUAACGGACGCAAAUCAUCCUCAUCGUCUGGCACCCAUCGGAACUGUCGGCGAGCUCGUGGUACAGGGUCCUGGAGUUGCGUCUGGAUAUCUCAACAGGCCAGACGAAUCAAAGCGCGUUUUUCUGGACACUCUUCCAUGGAGCUUUGACAGAAACCGUGCUUACAGAACGGGAGAUCUUGUAAAGUACGACGCGGAUGGAUCCAUCAUCUACAUAGGCCGAAAGGAUGCUCAGUUGAAAGUGCGCGGGCAACGUUUCGAAGCGGGAGAGGUCGAGGCUCAACUGAAAGAUUGCGGUCUCCCCGGAGGUUUUUGCGUUGACAUCGUCAAAGUUGUGUCGCCUGAUGAUCCGGAGGUUUCUGUUCCGAUACUGGCCCUGUUUAUCAGCCUCGAAGAUGGAUCGGCUGUGAUGGCCUCUUCAGAGCCAGCAAUCGCACGCCACGCGUACCAAGACACAUCAACGGCCACAAAUGUCUUGCAGACACUGCAGAAGUUGAAAUCCCGCUUGCCGGACUACAUGCACCCACAGGCCGUGGUUCCUAUCUCCCAAAUGCCGGUUUCUGGAACAGGUAAGCUCGACCGCAAGGUGCUGAGAGCUCUGGUGGCGGAUGUGUCGUACGCGGAGCUGCUUGGGUUUUCACCUCAGCCAGAUAAAGGGGCAGCCUCGGAACGAAAAACUCUAGACAGUGAGGCUCAAAGAACGAUUGCUAUGCUCUGGUCUCAAGUCCUUCCAGUCGGGGAGUCCCAUGUCUUUCAUGGCGGUGACGACUUUUUUCAACUUGGCGGACAUUCCAUCACACUGAUGCGUCUCACGUCCCUUGCAAAGAAACAUGGCGUCUUGAUCAACUUCGCUGAAGCCUUCUUGCGUCCCACGCUUGCCGCUAUGGCCGAGUGUGCUCACUCGGGAUGGAGUCAGGACAAGAUAGUGCAUCCUAAAAUACCGCCAUUCUCAAUGACAGGGAGUCAGACAGAGAGCAUUUUACAGGAAGCCGCUAUCACUUGUCGUCUCGAUCCAGCAGAGAUCGUGGACAUAUAUCCGAGCACACCUCUGCAGGAGGGUUUGAUGACCCUCUCGCUAUCGAAGCCGGGCCUUUACACAGCACAGUUUGCAUGGUCUCUCCCAGAAUCCUUGGACCUGAAUCUCUUUGAGGCUGCCUGGGAAUCUUUGGCCAAACUAAACGCCUUGCUCAGGACUCGACUGAUUUAUUCAACUGGAUACUGGCAGGUAGUCAGCAAGAAUAUGAGACCUUGGACCACCGCCCAGUCAAGCCUGCAUUCUUACAUUGAACAUGAGAAAGCACAUUCAAUGGGCCUGGGGGAGCCGCUCAGUCGAAUGGCCAUCGUGCGUGAUACUGUCUCAGCCACUACGUACUUCGUGUGGACAUGCCAUCACAGCCUAUACGAUGGUCAUUCCAUGCAAGCUAUCCAAGAAUGGAUCAGUGCGUUCUACCUCAAGGCUAGAGAAUUGCCAAUCGUGCCAUUCAAAAUCUUUGUGGAUCACAUUUCCAAGAAUACGCAGUCUGAAGCCAGUCUGAACUUCUGGAAGGAAACAUUGAACGACUGUCCCAAACCAUCCUUCCCGGCUCUACCCUCCAAUGACUACCAACAAUCGGCUGGCGUAAUCCUGAAAGUUGAGGCCAGCCUUCCUCAAGAGCAGCGUCGAGAUGUGACCUUAGCAUCAGCAAUACAAGCUGCGUGGGCGAUACUGCUUGCAAAGUACGAGGGCUCAGAGGACGUUCUAUUCGGAAUGACGCUUGGGGGUCGAAGCACAGACAUGCCAGAGAUUGAGAAGGUCAUGGGACCGACGCUUUGCACCGUUCCUGUGCGGCUGAGGCCAAGCCCAGACCGAGAUGUGACUUCCUUCCUGAAAGCCGUCCAGGAGUUGUAUUUGCACUCGGCACUCCAUGGUCAGACUGGGCUGGCCAGAAUUAGCAAACUCAGUGCGGACGCAGACAGCGUCUUGAAGAUUCGAAGCUUGCUCAUCAUCCACGAACCACUCUCCACCGAGCUGCAAGGGCUUGAAAAACUUGGGUGCAUCAGGGUGAAAACCGAUGUCAAGGACUUUGUAUCUUAUGCGCUCGUCAUCGAGUGCAUUCCGGUUCCCGCAAGCAAUCGACUUAAAUUAAAGAUCAGCUACGACAAAGGUGUAUUGAGAGAUACGGAUGCUCACCAUCUGGCACUGCAGAUCGAGUUUGUCCUGCAACAACUGUUGGGCGAGGCCUGCAACAAGUUGAAGGAUAUCUGCACUGUGAGCCCGAUUGACAUGCAAACCCUGGCAAAUUGGAACAGAGAACUGCCCAAACCUGUAGAAAGCACUAUUCAGGACUUGUUUGCAAACCAGGCUGCUCGACAACCAGACUCUCCCGCCAUCUGCUCCUGGGACGGAGAAAUGACAUAUAAAGAAUUAGACAGCCACACCACCCGGCUUGCACGCCAAAUUGUCUCAUGUGGUGUUGGAGAAGGGGAUCUGGUCCCCAUAUGUUUCAGGAAGAGCAUGUGGACAGUGGUCGCCAUGUUGGCCGUUUUGAAGGCAGGAGGUGGUUGCGUCUGCCUUGAUCCUAAUCAUCCUUCUGACUAUCAUCAGGGGAUUCUCAGUCGGAUUGGGGCAAAACUGAUCAUUAUUGGCUCUGGGCAACUGUCUAUGUUCAAACAGAUCCCGACCAUCGGGGUAGAUGCAGUUUCGGUAAACAACAUGGCUGACUCUUCAGCAAAACUUCCGCCCGUGAAGCCUAGCCAGGUGGCUUUCGUGGUAUUCACCAGCGGAACGACUGGACAACCCAAAGGAAUCUUAUUGGAGCAUCUCGCGUUGUGCACGAGCAUCCUGGCGCAUGGCCGGUUCAUGAGAUUUGGACCUCGCUCCCGUGUGCUGCAAUUCGCGUCGUACACAUUCGACGUGAGUAUUGCCGACAUAUUCACCACUCUCGUCUUUGGUGGUUGUGUUUGCGUUCCCUCAGAUCAUGACAGGAUGAACAACCUUUCCGGGGCAAUGAAUGCUUUGAAGGUGAACCAUGCCUACCUAACGUCAUCUGUCGCGGCAAUGCUUGACCCGGAUGGGCUCCAGAACCCACUGAACGUAUUGGCUGUUGGUGGGGAGCAGGUAGGACACGACGUUCUCCAAACAUGGGCCACUCGUACGAACCUUAUCAACAUGUACGGACCGGCCGAGACAACCAUCUGGUGUGGAGGCAAGGAUAGCGUGGGAUUCAGCGACAGUCCGCUCGAUAUCGGACGGGGUGUGGGCGCCAGAAUGUGGCUGACGGACCCCAACGACCCCCAACAGCUGGCCCCUAUUGGUGCCGUGGGGGAAAUUUUAGUGGAAGGGCCGCUGUUGGCGCGUGGAUACCUGGAUGACCCGUCUCGCACAUCCGCCGCCUUCGCCGACAUGCCGAGGUGGGCGAAAUCACUGAACAGCAUUGAUGGCUUUGAGUCUAUCACUGGGCGACUAUAUCGCAGCGGUGAUCUGGGCAAGUACCAGCCGGAUGGUAGCAUUCUCAUCUUUGGUCGGCGCGAUACGCAACUCAAAAUUCGAGGUCAACGCGUCGAGUUGUCCGAAAUUGAGAACCAGCUGCACUCCAUCAUUCAGGACCACCGAUGCGUGGUCGAUGUGUACACAACGCCAGAUGGACAACCUAGUCUUGUUGCCUUUAUUGGACUCGGUUCAAACGUUCAAGAUGGCGAGAAGGCCAAAAGCAUGGCUUGCAUUGCCUCCGAUUGCGAGAUUCCCACGGGAUUGGCGAAUCUGGUCGAUGGCCUCCAGUCACGGCUAGCCAAGGUUCUGCCCCCAUACAUGGUGCCAGCACAGUACUUGGUCCUGAGAGAAAUGCCAUUACUCGUAUCUGGUAAAACUGAUCGCAAGACUCUGCGACGUCUCGCCUCGAGCCACUUCAGAGAAGCCCCGAAGCAAGCCGCACCAAUGGCAGCCCAGCAGAAGCAGAUUCCUGUGACCGAUAUGGAGUGGAACUUGUUCAGCUUGUGGACCCAAGUUUUGGGUAUCAGCAAUCUUGGUUCUUUGGGAACAGACGACAACUUCUUCAGAUGUGGUGGUGAUUCCUUGAAAGCCAUGCGGAUGGUCUCCUUGGCCGCUCAACGAGGUGUUCAAGUGAAGGUGGCCGAUGUUUUCAAACACCCAGUAAUGGCAGAUCUUGCCAAGGCUCUGACUAAGGAUGCUUGCACAAACGAAGAACCCGCUAGAACCUCAGUGCUUGACGCUCUCGAACCGUUUGCCAUGCUGGACGAAUCGGCGAGAGACGAGAUCACAGAGCAAGCAUCAAAAGACUGUGACAUUCCCGUGACGCGCAUUGAGGACAUAUACCCCUGCACUCAGCUUCAGAAUGGACUUUUUGCCCUGUCACAAAAGCAACCGGGAACUUACGUUGCUCAAUUUGGCUUCCUAGUGGGGAAGUCGCUCAGUAUCCCUCGCCUUCGCGAGGCAUGGGAUACAGUGUGCCGUCAAACUCCGGUGUUGCGAAGUAGACUUUGGUCAACACCGUCCGGGCUCUUGCAGGUUGUUCUCGACGAGGAUUUUACAUGGUUCGAUCGGUCUGACGUUGACACGACAGCCGAACUGUCUCAGGACAAAGCUGCAGUCGGUGGAUCGGGGCGUCCCUUCCAGCGUUUCCGCGUCUGUCAUGACGCUACGACGGGUGACACGAAGCUUUUCUGGACCAUUCAUCAUUCCGCCUACGACGGCUGGUCUCUCCAGCGUGUGCUUGAAUAUGUUCAAUUGGCGUACCGAGAUCAGCUCAAGCCAUUAGCUUCUACAUCUUUCAGCCGUUUCGUCCAGUAUGCGAACAGCAUCGUUGAGAGCGACGAAGCGAGGGGGUUUUGGAAAAGACGACUGGCCAACGCCCCGUCACCGACCUUCCCAGCUCUUCCAGAAACAAAUUAUCGCCCAGUUGCCGAUUCCAUUGUCAGCAUGGAAGUUGGGAAUGUGAAAACUCCUGCGUUUGUGACCCUUGCGACACUUCUCCGAGCGGCAUGGGCCAUGGUUGUCGGCGCGUACGAGACUUCAUAUGACGUAGUGUUCAUGAGCACUGUUUCCGGGCGAAGUGCUCCUCUUAAAGGCAUCGAAACUGUGAUGGGCCCGACCAUUGCCACAAUUCCCGUUCGAGUGGAUUUCAGCGAUCGGAAAAAGAACGUCGCUGAACUUCUGCAAGUCUUACAGGACGCUGCCGCAGAGGAGAUUGCUUUUCAGCAGGUUGGACUGCAGUCUAUCCGCAGGAUUAGCGGAGACUGUGAGAAAUCUUGCAAUGCUCGCAACCUAUUGGUCAUACAGACCGACGAUGUUUCGCAGAAGGGCGUGACUCUAGAAGAUUUUGAGAAGCUUCCCGAGAACUCCAGGGACUUCUCGACCUUCCCCUUCACGCUUGAGUGUUCGAUUAAGGAGAAGAAUCAAGUUUUCGUGGAGGCAACUUUCGAUUCACGGGUGAUAAACUUCACCCAGGUACAUCGAAUCCUCAGGCUAUUCCAGCACGUUACGCUCCAGCUUUGUCAGACCGACGCAGCGCUUUGCGACAUCGAAGUCAUCAGCCCAUCGGAUCUGAAUGAAAUUCGCUCCUGGAAUCCGACAAUGCCAGCCGCCAAAGAGGCGUGCAUCCAUCACGAACUCGAACGCCUGGCAAGGCUGCAUCCUGAUAGGGAAGCCAUUUGCUCUUGGGAUGGCAGUCUGACAUUCCGGGAACUCGAUUCGCUUAGUGAACGUUAUGCUGGGUACCUUCAGUCGCAGGGUGUGAAAGUCGAGAGCUUUGUUCCGAUCUGCUUCGAUAAAUCCAAGUGGGCUAUUGUAGCCAUGGUGGCGAUUAUGAAGGCAGGUGGUGCUUGGGCUCCUAUCGACCCCAGACAUCCACAAGAACGACGUGACGGUGUUUUUUCUGCGCUGAGUUCAUCGCUUGUUGUCACUUCAGCGAUGCAUGCCCAACUCUUCAGCAUACACACGUCCCUGGCAUUAUCCGUGCACAUUUUAGACGAGACAGCGCUUGAAAAAAUCCCCCGAUCGCUUUCCCUCAACAAACCAGUCGUUCUGCCGAGCAAUGCAGUGUUCCUCGUUUUCACCAGUGGCAGCACAGGCGUCCCUAAAGCAAUAGUGGAUGAACACCGGGGUAUUUGCACAGGUGCACACGCACUCGGUGGUCUCAUAGGGUUUGGGCCGAAAACACGGUUCUGGCAGUUCGCUGCCUAUACAUUCGACCAGAGCUUUGGCGAUAUCUUCCACGUUCUUUUGCGCGGCGGAUGUGUUUGCAUUCCCUCCGAAUCAGAUCGACAGAACGACUUGGCCGGCUCUAUCUGCAGGUUGCGAGCAAACACGACCAUCUUGACUCCCACGGUAGCAUGUUCCAUCAACCCUGCUGACCUUGGGUCACAUAGAAUGGAAUCGAUGGUUCUGGGAGGCGAGCCCAUGACGGUUGAGACUAUUCGGACCUGGGCACCGAACUCUCAAAUGUACCACACGUAUGGACCGACAGAGUGUAGUGUGAUUUCUAUUGGACGGACCUUUGGCAUGCAGAACAUCAGCCUGCCGGGAAACAUUGGACAAGGGCUCGGGGCCUUGAUCUGGCUGACGGAUCCAAGUGAUCCUGACCGCUUGGCCCCUAUCGGUGCCGUGGGCGAGAUUCUUAUCGAGGGACCUUUGCUUAGUCGAGGAUAUCUCAACAACCCCGAGUUGACCAACGCUGCAUACAUCAGAGACCCCAAGUGGUCCCGCAGUCUCCACGUGCCUGGCGCCACAGGCUCUCGCCGCUUCUACCGAACGGGGGACUUGGGACAAUACGAUACCGAUGGCACCAUCAUUUGCCUUGGCAGACGAGAUGGCCAGGUCAAGUUGCGUGGUCAGAGAGUUGAGCUUGGCGAAAUCGAGCACCACAUUUCCAUCUACGCCAAGUCUCAAGUUACGGUCGCGGCGGAUGUUCACACCUGGCCCGGUGGUGCAUCCAUGUUAGUGGCCUGCAUCAGCCUCGACAGUAUCAAGGAUAGGGAUGGCGAUUGUCGGCUGGUGAAGAAAGUUGAUCACUUAGAAAAAUUCGUUUCAGCCCUCUCCGGCGUCGACGAAUACCUCUCGCGGGUCUUGCCAUCUCACAUGGUUCCCACUCUCUUCAUCCCCUGUACCCAGAUUCCACGCACAAUCUCUGGCAAGAAGGAUCAUCUUGGCAACAUCUGGGACGGUGGCGAGUCAGGUAAUGACCGACCCAUGAAUGACCGCGAAGAGCGUCUAUGCAGGUUGUGGCUCCAGGUCCUCAAAUUGGACCUGGAGAGCAAUCAAAUCAAGCAAAGCAACAAUUUCUUUUCCAGCGGUGGUGACUCCGUGCGGGCAAUGUCUUUGGUGGCUGCGGCAAGGCGAGAGGGCAUCCAUCUCACUGUUGCUGAUAUUUUCAACCACCCUAAGCUGUACGAUAUGGCGGCUGCAAUGGAUCUCUCGUCCCCCAAGGCUAAGCCUGUCAAUGUCGCGUCUUUCAGUUUGCUUCCACCCGGUGCAGCGGAAAAAGCUGUAAGCGAAGCAUCCACGGCGUGUCAGAUCGAGCUGUCUCAGAUCGAGGAUAUAUAUCCGGCUACGCCACUGCAACAAGGUCUUGUAAUGCUCUCGAUCCGGGAUUCCGGGGCAUACGUGUCACGAUUUGUGUUCCGGCUUCCGGACGACAUUGAUCUCGAUCGACUACAGCGUGCUUGGGAGCAGGUAUACCUGGAAAGUCCUGCCCUCAGGACGCGAAUCAUCGACAGUUCGCUACCAUCGCAACUACUGCAGGUAGUAAUUUCUCAAAAUGUUAAGUGGCACUACGCAGAAAAUAUGGAAACUUAUGUCGGGAACAAGGGCCUGAGCGAUUUCGGCUUGGGGGAUAGCCUGAUGGAGGUGUGCAUCAUUCAACAGGCCCACGGGGCCAAGAGCUUUGCUCUGACCCUUCACCAUGCCAUUUACGAUGGCUGGUCGCUGCAGCGCUUGUUGGCAGCCACUGAGCAAAUAUAUUUCGGCAAGUCCGCUCUGCCCUUUGCUCCUUUCAAAAACUUCGUUCACCAUCUUUCGCAAGCGGACACGGCGGCUGCCUCUGGAUUUUGGCGCUCCUACUUGUCUGGCGCCCCAGUGACUUCGCUUUUCAUCGAGCAGGGGGCAUCGUUCAAGCCCUUCGCCGACAAAGUGAUAUCUCACACCCUCAAGAUAGGCACAAGGCGCAGAUCCCAGCCUGGAGAGACACUCAGCUCGGUGCUCCGGGCCGCCUGGGCGCUGAUCCUAUCUUCCUACAAGGGUGAUACAGCUCUUGACGUGGUUUUUGGGGUUGUCGUCGGGGGACGAUCAAUCGACUUGGCAGAUAUUGAGAAUAUCGAUGGGCCGACUAUUGCCACGAUCCCUUUCCGCGUGAAGUACGACGAGCAGACUGCCGUUACUAGUCUCGUUCAGCACGUACAGAACAUAUCAUCUCAGCUUAUCGAGCAUGAGCAUCUGGGUCUUCAGAGCAUCAAGAAACUGUCUGAUUCUGCUCGUAACGCGUGUGAUUUCCAAACGGUGCUUGUUGUCCAGAACCCUCUCGACUCUAGCGCGGAAACUGGUUUCCUCGACCUCAAAAAUACUGAGACGCGUCCUGACAUGCCUCCAACAAUUCCUCUCGUGGUUGAGUGCAUUAUAUCCGAUGGAAACAUCGAAAUCCUCUUUCAUUUCGAUGAUCGGCUUCUGGACGGCUUCCAGGCCGAGAGGAUGAUCAAGCAACUUGCUCAUGUGGUCGAGCAGCUGAUCAAUGGCGAUGCAAAUCAAACCAUAGCGGCCAUACAGAUAGCCAGCCCAUCUGAUAUUUUGGACAUCAAGCGCUGGAACAGCUUUGUUCCACCAAGAGUUGAUAGCUGUCUACAUGACCUCGUGCUACAGAAAGCGAGAGACACCCCUGAUCAGAUCGCUAUACACUCUUCCGAUGCUGUCCUUGACUACCGGACCCUUGAUCGUCUAUCGGGCUUCUUAGCUCAUCAUCUGCAAACCCAUCAGGUGGGACCAGAAGUCAAAGUGCCUUUUUGCAUGGAAAAGUCUGCUUCCGCUAUCGUCUCAAUUCUAGCCGUCCUUCGAAGCGGGGGUGCUUCUGUCCCUCUCGACAUGACGGCACCCAAGGCUCGAAAUCGUGAGAUCAUUAGCCGAGUCAACUCCGGUCUCGUGCUGGUGACCCCCAGUACGCGGUCUCUGUUCGACGGCGUUGGCUAUACGCUCCUCGAGGUAACAAUGUCCAUGCUUGGGGAGCUAGCCAUGUCUUCUAGUCCCGAAAACGCCCCUUCCACCGUGUCCCCUACCGACGCUGCAUACGUCUUGUUCACCUCGGGCUCCACUGGACUGCCCAAAGGUGUUGUUGUCGAACAUCGCGCUAUCGCCACGAGUGUCUCAUCUUUUGCUUCCUACCUGGGAGUCACCCCUGAUACGCGCCUUCUUCAGUUUGCGCCAUAUGUCUUCGAUGUAUCCAUUGGUGAGAUGUUCGCCAGCCUGGUUUCUGGCGCCUGUCUUUGCAUUGCUUCGGAGGCACAGAUGAUAAACGACCUUGGCCACUGUAUCAGAGAGAUGAAAGUCGACUUUGCGGUUCUCACUCCCACUUUUGCAGAGACGAUUACGCCGGAAGCUGUUCCGGGCUUGCAGACACUUGUCCUUGGAGGCGAGCCAGUCCGAAAGCAGAACGUGGAGACAUGGGGUAGUGCUGUCAAGCUCAUCAAUGGAUAUGGUCCAACCGAAGCGAGCGUUUUAUCACUCGCCCACCGAAUCCCGGAUGCACAGUCACCUGUGGGCUUGAUUGGCCGCCCUGUGGGCUGCAGAGGCUGGAUAGCCAGUCAGACCGACCCUAACGCGCUCUGUCCAGUCGGAGUGGUUGGUGAGCUCCUAAUCGAGGGCCACACCUUGGCUCGCGGGUAUCUCGAUACGCCAUCCGCCAACGAAGCCUUUAUUGCAGAACCGGCUUUCCUUGCUUCACUUGCUCCCCAGAAGUCGGCUACUCGAGUCUACCGAACAGGUGAUCUAGUGCGGUACACGGCCAACGGUAUAAUCCAGUUUAUCGGGCGUAAAGACACGCAGAUCAAGUUCCAUGGCCGGCGCAUAGAAGUCAGCGAGAUAGAGCACGCUGCCAUCAAAGUGAUGCAAGAUGUAAGGCACCUGGCGGUAGAGUUGGUCCACCCCGGCGGCACUCAGCAACAAGCCCUAGCAUUGUUCUUCCAGCCUCCAGAUGUGAAUGGAACGGAGGAACAAGCACUGAUUUUAGCUGUCGGUGAUGAAGCUCGUGAGAAUAUGUUGCAGCUCAAGUCGCAACUUGCGGAGAUGCUUCCUCCUUAUAUGGUUCCCAGUCUUUUCGUCCCGCUUACGUCCUGGCCUCGUACCGCGAACGGCAAGCUUCACAGACGGCUCAUCCGUGAAGCGGUGGCAGGGCUAUGUCCCGAGGAUAUAGCACGCCAUUCACUCCAUAUCAUUGAAACAGCCCUCCCAGCGACCGAUCGGGAGAAGCAGCUGGCUGCGACAUGGGCCGCAACGUUGCACGUUGACCAACAGACCAUCAAUCGCAACGACAGCUUCCUGCAACACGGCGGAGACUCUGUCGCGGCCGUUAGAUUGGUGACUUUGGCCAGGAAGAAUGGUUUCAACCUUUCGGUUGAGACUGUGUUAUCUGCACCUAUUCUUCGGGAGAUGGCCUUGCGAAUGGAAUACGUUGAAACGAUCACUGAACUUGCCGUUGAGCCCUUCAGCCUGAUAGCAAAUCCUGAAGAAGAAAUCAUCCAAGCAAGUGUACAGUGCGGUGUGGACCCAGCCGCUGUGGAAGACAUUUAUCCUUGCUCCUCGAUGCAGAGCAGUCUUAUAGCGCUCACGGCGAAGAAUUCCACGGCAUACAUCUCCCAAUUUGUGCUGGCGAUUCCAGAAAACAGGGAUAUUCAAACAGUGCAGAAUGCAUGGAACACUGUUGUCAAGGACACUCCUGUACUGCGGACGCGUUUCUUCCAUCCAUCUGCCAACAACAGCAUUCAGAAUCCGAUACUGCAAGCGGUGAUUCGAGUCGAGCCCAUAUGGACCACGGCAACACAGCUGCAUCUAUUCCUCCAAAAGGACAAACAGACGCCUAUGACGAUUGGAACUCCAUAUACGCGAUUCGCUAUCGUCGAUGAUCAAGUCAAGCUUGUGCGGUAUCUCGUCUUCAGUGCUCACCAUGCUGUCUACGACGGUUGGUCCUUGGGUUUGACGAUAGAGCGGGUAGCUCAAGCGCUAGAUGGUACCCCUAUAUCCCCAGCUGCUGGGUACAACACUUUCAUUCAGCACAUCCAGUCGCACAACUGGGAGAACACGAAGGCAUUCUGGAUCGCGAAUUUGGACGGGGCAUCUCCCACAACAUUUCCUCCCUUGCCAUCACAUGCUUACGAGCCUGUCACCGAUGAUCAUCUCACUCAUCGGUUCAACAGUCCGGCACGUUCCAGCCGGUAUUCCAACGUCACGACGGCCACAGUGCUCCGAUCAGCGUGGAGUAUGUUAGUCAGCCGGUACUGUGAUUCGCAAGACGUUGUCUUUGGAGUCACGGUCAACGGAAGAAUGGCACCCAUUCCGGGCAUUGAAAGAGUUCAGGGACCGACUCUCACCACCAUCCCUUUCCGCGCGAUCAUCGACCCUGCUCAGUCCGCCAUAUCCUUCCUCGAACAAGUGCAAGCACGGAGCUUACAGUCAAUUCCACAUGAGCAGUACGGGCUUCAAAACAUCAAGAGCCUCAGUGAUCUUCUGUCGGAGCUUUGCAAAUUUCAAAGCUUGCUAGUCAUUCAGAGUCCACGCGAAACUACCUCUGAUCAUCAUGGCACUAGGAUGAGCAUGGCCCCCGGGGAGGAUCUCGGCUCAGCGGGCAUCCGGGGAUUCCAUAAUCUUGCUCUCGUCGUCGAGUGCACCACUUAUCCAAACUUUGUCGAAGUCAACGUGAGUUUUGAUUCGAAUAUUUUGCCUCGGCCCCAGGUACAGCGCCUCGCUCAGCAUUUGCAACACCUCUAUCUGCAACUCCAAGCGACCGCGGACGAUCCGUCAGUCAGACUGGCCGACAUCAGCCAUGUUAGUCCCAGCGACUUGGCUGAAAUGUUGGAAUGGAACAAGUCGGUCCCAGAGAGCUACCAAGCCUGUGUCCAUGAGCUGUUCGAGAAGCGGGCCCGCAUGCAGCCCGAUGCACCAGCAAUCUGUGCCCGUGAUGGCGAACUCACUUACAGCGAACUGGACCAAAAAGCCACCAUAUUAGCUACUUAUUUACGACAACAAGGUCUCUCUCCUGGUGUUCUGGUUCCUUUGCUUUUCGAGAAGAGCUGCUGGACUAUCGUGACUAUGCUCGCUGUCCUCAAGUCCGGCGCUGCCAAUGUUGCCUUGAAUCCGGAGCAUCCCCAGGCUCGACUUCAAGGCUUGAUUGACGUCACAGAGAGCCAUAAUAUUCUCUGCAGUCGUAAGAAUUUUGAAAUAGCCAUCGAGUUUGACAGACAGGUCAUCGUGGUGGAUGAGGAACUGUUCUCGUCGCUUGGAAUUCUCGAAGAACCAUCCACUUCGCUGUCACCGAAAAUCCACACUGCAUGCCCCGAUGACCCUGCUUUCAUUCUCUUUACCUCUGGCACUACUGGAAAGCCCAAGGGAAUAGUUAUCAACCAUGCGGCAUUCUGCAGCAGCAUCAGAGGUCAUUCUUCCACCCUGCGCUUCUCCACUGGGCCUGGUUCUCGCAAUUUCCAAUUUACUGCUUACACUUCCGAUGUUAGCAUUGGCGAGAUCUUCACCUCGCUCGCGGUGGGAUCGUGUGUGUGCGUGCCAUCCGAUUACGAUCGCGUCAACAAUCUUGCUGGCUCUAUACGUGACUUAGGUGUCAACUGGGCAUUCCUUACGCCAAGUGUAGCCGCGCUCCUUACACCUAAAGAAGUGCCCGGACUGCGGACCUUGCUAUUUGGAGGUGAAACGGCGACAACAGAGAAUAUAUGCACUUGGGCAGACUCGCUCUAUCUCAUCAAUUCGGCCGGUCCCGCCGAAUGCUCAAUUUGGACACACUGCAAUCCUGGCAUUUCGACUGCAGAUAUUGGGAGCAAUUGGGGAUACAAUCUGGGCUGCGCCACUUGGAUCACCAAUCCAAACAAUCCUGGGGAAUUGAUGCCCAUCGGAGUUGUGGGUGAGAUGCUUAUUGAGGGGCCGAACCUCGCCCAGGGGUAUCUCAAAGACCCUGAACGUAGCGAGAAGACGUUCGCCAACGUCUACCUUGCCGGCAAAAAGCGACGAUUAUAUAGAACCGGUGACUUAGCUCGAUUCAUGGCAGAUGGAAAGACUCAAUUCCUAGGGCGGAAGGACACCCAGGUCAAGCUUCGAGGUCAACGGGUCGAGAUCGGCGAGAUUGAGAACCAAAUCCGUCGCCAUGUUCCCGAGUCCAUUCUGGUCGCAGUUGAGAUGGUACGAAUCUCAAAAGGGAAGUCGGCUCCUUUGCUCGCUGCAUUCAUCUCUCGGAAGGACUCCCUGGCUGCGGAUGUUGUUGCUCUGGCUGUGAAAGAAUCUGGCAGCAUCAACAAGAUGCUUGCCAACAUCGAUCAAAAGUUGGGUGAAUUCCUUCCGAGGCAUAUGGUUCCAACCGUCUUUAUUCCCCUCUCGCGCAUGCCACUUACAGCAUCUGCCAAAACUGAUCGGAAUGUUCUUGCAGCCGUGGCGGCGACCAUUUCCGCCGAACAGCUGAGUAAUUACGCCUUAGGCGCCGCGGACAAGCAGCCCCCUUCGACGGCGGCCGAGCACCAGAUGGUUCAAUUAUGGAAGAAGGCGUUGAGUAUCGACAUGGAGCUCGGCAUCCACGACAGCUUUUUCAGGAUCGGUGGAGACUCCAUCGGCGCCAUGCGGCUGGUGUCUAUUGCCCGCUCAGCUGGUGUUUUCCUUACGGUCGAGCAGAUCUUCAGAAACCCGACACUUCAACAGAUGGCCAGUAUCAUGACGACCACGACACAACUUCCAAAAGUUACCAAUGUCAAACCUUUCUCCUUGAUCUCCUCGUCAACCUCAGUCGACACUGUGCGUGCUGAAGCUCAGGAGCAAUGUCAAGUUGGGCCGCAGCAGAUCCAAGACGUUUACCCUUGUUCGGCAUUGCAGGAAGGACUGUUUGCGCUGAGCCUGAAGACAUCAGGGAGCUAUCUUGCACAAAUGGUAUUUUCGCUACCGGAUGGGUUUCACGACGAUAAAUUCAAGGAGGCAUGGACGCAGGCGGCCAGGGAAGCUGCUCCGACCCUCCGCACGCGCUUCUUCGAAUCUCCAUCUCAUAACCACAGGAUGAUGCAAACCGUCGUUGAUGCACCUCUCUCGUGGGCAUCUUCAGAAAGCCUGGACGGCUAUCUUGCUGCGGAUGCUGCCAGCAUUGUUCAGCUCGGCGCGCCAACCUCACGCUUUGCUUUCGUGACUGAUGCUCAGAAAGGGCGGUUCUUUAUUUUCACUGCCCACCAUGCGAUUUAUGACGGCGCCUCACUUCCGCCGUUGUUCGACGCCGUACGUAAGGCGUUCGAUGGAGAUGCAAUUCCUAGAACCAGCAGUUACAACGUUUUUAUACAGUAUCUCCUGGGCAUGGACCAGGAAAGGUCCAGGGACUUCUGGCGAACUUCCUUGGAGGGAUCCCCAGCGCCGACCUUCCCAAGAUUGCCUUCUAUGGGUUACCGCGCGCAGACGAAUGACUCACUCAAGCAUAGCGUGUCUCUCCCCAUACGCCACGACACGGAAUUCACGGCUUCGUCGAUGAUUCGGGCCGCCUGGAGCCUUGUGACUGCCGCGCACUCUGACAGCGAUGAUGUCGUAUUUGCAUCAACCAUUAGCGGACGGACUCUUCCAAUCGCCUCCAUCGAGAGCAUCAUCGGGCCAACACUCGCGACGGUCCCUGUGCGGGCAACUGUAGACCGAUCCAUGUCUGUCAUCGACUUCCUCACUGCUUUGCAGGAGCAAGCGACGGAGAUGCUUCCACACGAGCAGUACGGGAUGCAGAAUAUCCGUCGCAUCAGUCCAUCAAUUUCAGCAUCGUGCGACUUGCACAACUUGCUAGUCAUCAAUGCUUCGACGUCGGAGGCUUCUAAUUCCGGCGGCUUAGGCUUGACGCAGGUCAACCUUGGCCACUUGGACGGCUUCCACAAUUUUGCGCUGAGCCUCGAAUGUGCUAUGCACGACGGCAUGGCGUCGCUCACUGUCAGCUUCGACAAUCACGUCAUUGAUCCGAGACAAAUGCGGCGACUGGUCCUUCAGUUCGAAAACAUACUAGGUCAGCUAUCCACCUGCGGUGCACACACCAAGAUCGAGGAUCUGGUUUUGGUCAGCCCCGAGGAAUCGGCAGAGAUCAACCACUGGAACGACUCGGUGCCGCCGCCUCAGUAUACCUGUGUGCAUACCGUUGUUGAGCAUCGCGUUCAGUCUCAGCCCCACGCGCCAGCAGUGUGUUCAUGGGAGGGCCAGCUGACUUAUGAAGAGCUUGACGAGUUAUCUUCCGCACUGGCGAAUCAACUCAUUCACAACUGGGACGUCACCCCCGGCACUCUUGUGCCACUUAUGUUUGAAAAGAGUAUCUGGACAAUUGUCACAAUGUUUGCAGUGCUCAAGGCAGGUGGUGCAAAUGUGCCGCUAGACCCUGAGCAGCCCGUCGCCAGAUUGAGUGAGCUUGUGGCGGAUGUCGGAGCUACUUUUGCCCUUUCCAGCGUCAAAUACCAAGAAAAGGCUGUGCAUAUCGCGCAGAGGGCGUUGGUAGUGGAUCCCAAUGAGAUAAGAAUGAUGAGAACUGGCCCAGUCACCCACAAAGCCACCGGACCAUGUCCCACCGACCCAGCAUUUAUUCUCUUCACCUCUGGCAGCACAGGAAAGCCGAAAGGUAUUGUCAUCGACCACAUGGCCUUCAGCAGCAGUAUGAAAGGCCACGGAGAGGUCUUGCGGUAUGAAAAGGGGCGUCGCAACCUUCAAUUCACGGCGUACACGUCAGAUGUUAGUAUUGGGGAGAUCUUUACAUCACUCUCUGCCGGCGCAUGCGUCUGCGUUCCUUCUGACUUUGAGCGCAUGAAUGACUUGGCGGGAGCUAUAGACCGGAUGCAGGUGGAUUGGGCUUUCUUGACCCCUAGCAUGGCAUCUCUUCUAGACGCAGAUAAAGUGCCGACGCUUAAGACUCUUCUGUUUGGCGGCGAGACUGCAACUCCUGAGAACAUAGCAACAUGGGCCUCUCGACUGUUCUUGAUCAACAGCUUUGGGCCGGCCGAGUGCUCUAUCUGGACCCACGCCGACCCCGGCGUGAGUGAGAAACACAAUGGCUCCCACAUCGGCUACGCAAUCGGGUGUGCAACCUGGAUUGUCGACCCCAGCGACUAUAGAAAAUUGGUGCCUAUUGGCAGCGUUGGAGAGCUUGUCGUCGAGGGCCCUAAUGUGGCCCGUGGGUAUUUGAACAACGAGGAGAAGACCAAGGCGGCGUUCCUGGAAACCGCACCGUGGUUACCGGCGGGACGCAAGAAUCGACUUUACAAAAUGGGAGAUCUGGUUCGUUACCUGCCUGACGGGAAGAUCCAGUUCCUCGGCAGGAAGGAUGGUCAGGUCAAGCUUCACGGGCAGAGGAUCGAGAUUGGUGAGAUCGAGCACCAGGUACGGGUGGUGCUGGGUAACGUUGAGAUUUCGGUGGCUGUCGAGAUGGUAUCUUUGGGUUCCGAGUCUUCGCAGCCCUUCUUGGCUAUCUUCUUAGACUAUGAAAACCAGAAGUCGGAUGAUGUGGCCGCUGCUUUGUCCACAGGAGAUGAAUCAAAACAGUGGGUGCGCGAGACCAUCAACACUAUCGUGGGCCACCUGAGGGACACACUACCGCGGCAUAUGGUCCCGACCGUGGUCUUCCCACUAACUCGGAUGCCAUUGAAUGCGUCGGCAAAGACAGACCGCAAGGCACUCAAGCAAAUAGCCUCUGGUGUUGACGUGACGCAGCUCCCUCUCUACGCUCUAGCGUCCACGGAGAGCGCCAGCAUCACCCCGCCGAGCACACAAAACGAGCAGAUUCUCCAUCGCAUCUGGGCCGAUACCCUGUCUGUGCCAGCCGACCGCUUUGGGACUGAAGCCAACUUCAUGGCUUUGGGCGGCGAUUCUAUAGCCGCUAUGAAGGUGAUACCGCUCGCACGCGCUGCUGGCCUGGUCAUCUCCGUCGCGGACAUUUUGUCACACCCUGUGCUGCGCGACAUGGCACAAAUCUCACGAUCCAGCAAUUCCGAGUCAGACUAUGUUGCUCCCUUCUCUCUCCUCGCGUACGAUAUCGACCGCAAUGAAAUCCUUGCGCAGUCAACUCUUUACAGUGGACUUCAGCCGGAGGCCAUUGAGGACAUUUAUCCAUGCACACCGGUGCAGAAGGAGUUUAUAACAACCACACAGUCUCAGCCUGGGGCAUACACACUGCAAGACGUUUACAAGCUUCCAUCAACUGUGGAUUUGACCCGGCUUCAACGCGCGUGUGGAGAUACGGUUGCGGCUCACGCAGUGCUGCGGACUCGUAUUUUCCCCUACCAUGCCCAGAUGGAACAUUUGCAGGUAGUGCAGAAGGCUUCCCCAGACUUUGAAUUAACUCGAGGAGGUGACUUGCAGAGGUAUCUGAAGGAGGACAAGGCUAAUGGGAUGGGCUAUGGCGAGCCCCUCGCUCGAUUUGCGCUGGUAUCAGAAGGUGAAGACGCCUACAUGGUUUUUACGUACCAUCAUUCCAUCUACGACGCUGCCUCGCUCCAGAUAAUCAUGAACGACUUGCAAGCUUUCUACAUGGACGAAUCUUACCAAGUUGGCGAGCCACCAUAUAAUAUUUUUGUCCGGCACCUCCUCCAGCUCUCCAGCCAGGACGCACCUUCCCAAUUUUGGACGGAGCACCUCGCAGGCAAUGGGCAAAGUAUCACGCCCCUGCUUGGGCCCAAAUCCGGGGAACAAUGGACUCCCCGUGUGGACACCCUUGUCCACCAUUUCAUCGACUUCCCCAUGCCUUAUCGCCAUUCGCGACUCAGCCUGACCACGGCUGCCCUGACGUAUGCCGCUCUGUCCCUUGUGGUCGCACGUCUGACCAACUCAACGUCUGCGGUCUUUGAGCUGACCCUACUGGGCCGAAACGAGCCUGUGCCCGGGAUCGAACGCAUGGUCGGGACGACGACUACGUCUGCACCGCUCCGCAUCGAUAUUACCGGAGAUAAUGAGAAGGGUGCUGACAGGGCAUGGACCCUGACGCUGGCCGACUACCUGAGCUAUGUGCAGCAGCGCGUCAACGGCAUCACCCGCUACGAGCACACCGGCAUGGCCACAAUCCGCACUCUGUGCUCUGACGCGCAGCCGAUCCUCGAGGCGGCCCUCCCGAUUGUGGUACACCCCUCCAACCCACAUAAAGAGGCUUUGGGCAGCGGGAUCGGGCUGGAGCGCCGCGAGAUUCGUUCCAUGGGCCAGAGCACCUCCGCUUUCUACAUGGACGUCUCCGCCGUUGAGGGCGAGGCGCUUGAGAUCAACCUGCCGUUUGACAGCCGCGUCGUCGGCCGAGAGAAGGUGGGCAGGAUGCUCGGUCUCUUGGAGAUGGUCGUAGUGGAGAUCAUGACGCUAUCUGCGCGGGGUCAGCUCGGUAAUGUGUCGCUCAGUCAGUUGGACUGGGAUUCCGCGUGUUUGAGUGAGCCCGAGAUGCAGGACUAUUACGGUUGA